GACCUGAAUCAGGGAGAGUCAGAAAGAAAAGCAAGCACAAGACAAAAAUGGAGGAAAAUGCAGGGUCAUCUGUAGGCGCAGCUGCAGCAAUGAGCCAAGAUGAAUAUGGAGUUAUAGAGGCAAAAGACAAUGUGGAAGGACCAGAAGAACUAUCUGAAGAUUCAGCAAGUAGUGUACAUUUAGCUAUUGAAGAGUCUUCCAACAGAACUCCAACAUUACCGUCAUUGUAUCUUCCUCGUGUUCCAUAUGUGGACAAAGCUUUGAUUACAUACAGUGAGGACAAUCUAUUGGGAGAAGGAACAUUUGGCAAGGUGUACAGAGGUUCUUUCCAUGGUACUCCAGCAGCUGUCAAGAGGAUAGUGUG